UUCGAGGCUAUUCGACUAGCUGCUCCAAAAUUUCGAUCCCUCUCAACAAAGAAAUAUCUGCUUCCCUCGCACUCGGAGGCUUCAGGGGUUCUUGUUAACUUUUCGAUGAGUAAAGUCGCCGGCGGCGACGGAGGAGGACGGCGGCGCGGGAACCCAAUCUGGUGGGUGCUGGGAUUGGGGUACUUCGUGCAAGGGUUUAGGGGUUUUCCAUGGCUUGGAGCGAAUUUCUUCCUCACCGGUGGUCUCAAGGUGAAUCCUUCGGUGUUGCAGCUUCUCCAGAACUCGGCCAAUCUUCCAAUGGUGGCGAAACCUAUCUACGGAGUUAUCUCUGACGCUGUGUAUAUUUUUGGCCAGCAUCGGAUCCCUUACAUCGCCAUUGGAGCUCUGCUGCAAGCAAUAUCAUGGCUAGCUGUGGCUUCCCUGUCAAGAUCCAAAGCUUCAAUUCUACAUUUAUCACUCUAUCUUCUCCUGAGUAAUCUCGGUGCUUCGUUAGCUGAAGUAGCAAAUGAUGCUAUUGUUGCUGAGACUGGGAAGCAAAAGACAUCAUCAUCAUCAUCCAAAACCUCGCAACAAUCUUCUUCGUCGGGCGAGCUUCAGUCAUUUGUGUGGAUGGCUUCUUCUCUAGGUGGAAUCCUCGGGAACCUUCUUGGUGGUUUUGCCAUUGAAAGAUUUCCCCCACAAUCGACUUUCCUAUUAUUUGGCAUCCUUACUUUUCUUCAGUUUCUUGUGACCAUAACCAUCAGAGAAGGAUCUCUUAAGCUUCCCAAAAGCCCAUCACCUGCUGGUAUUAGGAAGCAAUUCUCCGAUCUUUCACACGCAUUGAGGAAGCCGGAGAUUACUUAUUCUAUAGCUUGGGUCUCGUUAUCAACAGCCGUAGUUCCUGUUCUGACGGGAACAAUGUUUUUCUACCAAACAAAGUUUCUGAAAAUCGAUGCCUCGCUGCUAGGGAUCUCCAAGGUGUUUGGCCAAAUGGCAAUGCUUUUAUGGGGUGUUAUAAACAAUCGUUGGUUGAAAUCCACCCCGCCCAGGAAACUAAUAACUGCCAUUCAGGGGACCACCGCCGUAUUUGUGAUAUCCGAUCUCUUGUUUGUGAAAGGAGUUUACAGGCAAAUGGGCAUUUCCGAUUCAUUCUACGUGCUCUUCUUCUCGGGUAUUCUGGAAAAUCUCUUCACCUUCAAGAACCUGCCUCUCAACGUCUUGAUGGCUCGGCUUUGCCCUCCUGGAUGUGAAGGUUCUCUCAUGGCGUUUGUGAUGUCGGCCAUAGCACUUGCCUUUAUAGUCAGCGGAUAUCUCGGGAUCGUUCUUGCAUCAUUUGUCGGGGUAACGGGUGACGAUUUUUCAGGGUUUCCUCGUGGACUCGUGAUAGAGGCGAUCUGUGUAGCUCUGCCAUUGUUGUUGUCGUCGUGGAUAUAUGAUGAUACAGAAUCCAAACGGAGGAGCAAUAAGCAAGAAUGAGGAAGAACUCUGCAAAUCACCAGUAUAGUCCUGAGGUUAAAAAAGUUAUAAUGUGUUUAUUCUUUGGGUCCUUUUUUUUUGGCAUCUGGUGAAUUGUAGAUUUAUAGUCACAUACCUUUUAGAAGAAGAUACAUGUAGUUGAGAAUUGAGAUUGAAGUCCUUUUUUUUUAGUGUUUUUGUUUUUACUUUUUACUGUGAUGCCUUCGUUUGAUAUAGAAAGGCUCGGCAGUAAUUUUUUUUAUGGUAUGGGAUUUUACUCGCAUUAUUCA